GUCUUCAUGGCAUUUUCUGCCGUGUCUGAUGGUGCCCCCGGCCGUCAUCUUUCAAGGUCAUAUUUUCCGUUGGAGGGCUAUAGAGCUGAAAAACGUGGUAGGUAAAUUGUAAAUUGUAAUUUGUAAUUUGUUUACCCACGGAGCACUAAGGAGUUCAUUGAACUCGUUGAAACGUGUCCGUGCGUGCCAGAUCGAAAAGGAAUUUGAAAAUGUUGGUUUUUAAGGAGAGGGGAAAACCGGAGUACCCGGAGAAAAACCUCUCGGAGCAAGGGAGAGAACCAACAACAAACUCAACCCACAUAUGGCAUCGACGCCAGGAUUCGAACCCGGGCCACAUUGGUGGGAGGCGAGUGCUCUCACCACUGCGCCAUCCUUGCUCCCGGUAGGUAACAUUUCUAGCGAAAAGGUACUCCUCAAGAUGAUGGGUACUUGUCAAAAAAGUUAUUAACACCCCCAGAGUUGUGUUGCUCAAAUUUGUUUGGACACGCUAAAGGGACAAACCUCAAGCCAGCAAAGUCAGCAAAGUGUUAACUCAUUUAUCACGACGGCAGUGGUAUCGAUUUAUGGGAUUGGUUUUCCUGUGAAAAUACGACGACUCCCACGUCGUUCUGUCUAUGCUCAUGUGAAACUAGAGUAGAGCUCUGGAGUUAAAAUGGUGAAGCGAUAUCAAACCUUAUCUUUUCAGUAAUGACUAUCUUUUUUCAUUUUUCCAUAUUAUCUUCUCCCUUGCCCUUGAUGAGGGGAGAAUCGCGGGCGCACCGAGACACCCACGACAGGAGACUGAGCCUAGCAUACAUGUGCAGAUGUGUUCUACAGUCGACUUCCGCUAACUCAAACCUCCCGUUAACUCAAAGCAACUUUGAUUUCCUUCAGAUCAUUUUCUAUUUAAUUUUACCCUCGUUAACUCGCACUUUUUGUUAUUUCGCUUAAAGGUUCGAAUUAUGGGAAGUUCGAGUUAACGAGGGUAAAAUUAUAUAGAAAAUGAUCUGAAGGGAAAUUAAAAUGAGUCUCGACUGUAUUUCCCUUGAUAGGAGAAAUGGGAGACCGUCAGGUCUGCACGAAGGCUGAACAAAUUAUUUUUCCCGUACUGUAGUAUACUUACUGAAGAACUCUAUCUAACUGAUUUAUUGACAGCUCUCUGCACCUCAGGACAGUAUGACAAGAUUGAGGGAUGUGCAUACUUUGCGGCGCAAGGCUAUUGUAAGGAAACGUCACAAUACCGUGAUUAUGUUCAAAGUAACUGCUAUGCAUCUUGCGGCAACUGUGAAAGUAAGUCUGAAGGAACCAUAAACCUUUCGAAUACUUGUACCUUGAGUCCUUUAAUCAACAAGUACGAAUGCUUCCAAGUUUAUUCGUCAAAGGUUAAUUGUUUCAAACCAAUUGCGUUGUCCAAUGCCGACCGGUUUUCUUAAAACUAUCUCCCUCUUAGUGGACUUUGAGACAUGACGCUCAUGUUUGCAUCGGUCGAAUUUUAGACAGUUACAAAUUUAAAUGUUUUAUUAAAAAUGACUUUAUUUGAUUUUUUUUCAUAGUGCCACCAACUCAACCACCGGAAGGUAAGUUCACUCAGGAGCAUUGUCUUGGUUUAAUUUAUGAUAGCCACUAGCCAAUACAUUAAGUGAAAGUCAGCGAUUAUCAAAAAAACAUGAAUGACUUUGUUGACAUGAUUACUUUGGAGUACGAUUUUUUCGAAACUGAAUUUUGAACUCCAGACUGCCGACUAUUUUGUCAUGUAGCAGCUCUCCUAACCCUAAAAGCCAAUUGGUUCGAUAUCCUAACCGUGAAACAGUUGGAAAUAAUCAUAAACCAUGAUGUGUUAUUGCUUUCUGCGACCAAUGAGGAAACACCUUACGAGAAGCUCCUACAUUACCUACUAUUUUGGGAGACUUUACACUUCUUUUACGCUCUCUUUAUAUCCUUCCCACCCCUCCCCCUAAUUAAAAAACAAUCAACUGGAAGAAAUUAUGACGUAGGUUUGUCCAACAGGUAUUUCAUAAAUUUAAGAGCAAAGACGGUAUUAGACUUGCCCACAAGUUGAUUGAUUACUAAAACCGUUAAUUAGCGUUAAAUGUAUCAAAAAAAGACGUCUAAAAAUGUUUUUUAAUUUUUUAGUGUCGGGAGCGGGGUGCGCGAACUCCUGAGGACGAGCUUGAAGCAAGUGCUGAGUGCGAGUGGGGAGUGAUCUAAUAGACCUUAUUUCACGAUACUUGGGUUCGCAAGGGGCUAGAUAGUGACAAGAUCUUCUUAAGGUGGCUCGAUAGGGUUUUUCAGGGUCAAUACGUCCCAAGUUUGAGCAUAAUCUACGACGCUAAUAACAAAAAUUUGGAAAAAUUACCACCACAGGUGUAUUAGAUGAAGAUAAAAAUUUGUUAUGAUCAUGGUUACAAUGACAUCGGAGUUGUCAUAGUAACGAAAUGACGCUAUUACUUAUUUUGCUUGCGGCCGUAUUUUUUGGCACUAGGAACUCUGCUUUUAAAACCUUUCACGGGGGCUUUUCCCUCUGCUACCCACCUCGAUGUUCGUCACCGUUUUAUAUGACCUAUGAGUUUCAAGAUUAUUGAUAUCUUGUGAGGCAUUGAAAUAAGGGCUACAAUUCGUUAAUUUUUUUGUCGGAAAUUACGUGCUAACAAGUGAGAGCCUCUCUUUAUUCAGGGUAUUCAAGUUUCCUUUUCACGUGAAAAACUGCAGUAAUUAACAAUGCAUUUGAAAUAUGCAGAAAUGUUAGCUAUUGUUGUCCACGAAAAUAUAAAUUGCGACCAAAAAUUAGCGAAUUGUAGUCCUUACUUUACUGCAUUACAAGAUAUCAAUAUUCUUGAAACUCAAAGGUGAUAUAAAAUUGCAUUUCAAAAGCGCUUCGUUUUCGAGAGAUAACGGCCGAACAUCAAGAUUGUCUAAUUUUUAGCGUAUUUCUAACCAUGAAAACUUCAUCCCAAAAUAUCUCUAUAACAAUCUUGUAGAUUUGGCUUAAACUUCACGAACAUCGAGGUUGGUAUUGGAGGAGAAAGCUGUGGUAAAUGAUUUUGAAGAAGAGUUCUCACUGUGCCGAGAAAUGCGGCAAGUAAAAUAGGUAAUAGCGUCAUUUCGUUGCUAUGGCAACUCCGAUGUCAUUGUAACCUUGAUCAAAAGGAACUUUCAUCUGCAUCUAAUACAGCUGUGGUGAUAAUUUUUUCAAACCUUCGUUAAUGGCGACGUAGUUUAUGCUGAAACUUGGGAGGUAUUGACCCUGAAAAAUCCUAUCGAGCCACCUUAGGAUAGAUUUUGUCACUUGUUUCCCCCGCCCUGAGAAGCCACGUAUCGUGAAUUAUGUUUGUUUUCCCAGUGUAGGUCAUGUGAUAAUAUCCUACAGACCUGCAUCAUUCAUAUUCCGUCUUAUUCCCGUGCAUUUGUUCCCAUGAUUUAUGGAAAGACAAAGGGGUAAUCUCCUGAAACCUUCAUUCGGAAAACAAAUCAUACAAGCUAAAGAGGUCAAUUCGAGACUUUAAUGCAAUAGAACGUUUUCACAUGACGUCAAGGCGGCCAUUUUGGUUUUCCUAAACAAUGAAACGGUGGCCAUAUAGGUGUUCCAAGCCAGUCCUGUGGGAGUAGAAAUCUUUCUUUUCUCUCUUUCUUUCUCUCUUUUCUUCUAAUGAUGUUGCAUACAUGCUCCCACAGGACUGGCUUGUAGGACCAACAUGGCCGCUGUUUCAGUGUUUAGGAACACCACAAUGGCCGACGUGACGUCAUGUGAAAACGUUCUAUUGCAUUAUGGGAAAUGUGAAAGUCGCCGAUACCUAUUUCUCUUUCGUAAACGGUCGCUUCCAUUUGCAAAUGGCAGCGAUCGUUUAGAAAAGGGGCAACUGUGUCGUCGAUUCUUGACAAAUAGGCCACUUGCACUAAGAAGUCUCGUGACCAAUGCUUCCUUUAAACAAUGAGUUGGAAUCUUGCUGAUGCCAAAAAUUGACAGAGCACAUAAAAAUUAUCUUACACCCAAAAUUUGAGAGGAAACGCAUUUAAGGGAGAUAUUUUAUGGCACUUUGAUUUUUGAACAAAGAAGUAUGAUUUGUAUUGGCCGCCAUGUUGGAGGGCAUACUCUUGCCCUCCAACAUGGCGACCAAAACUACUCUCUGCUUAUAUCUUGUUAAACGUUUGAUAGUUACCCUCAGAUGUGCUGUAAACGUUACCACAUAAUCUUUUCAACAUUUUCCUUGAAGUUUAAGUGCAAAAUUUGUCAGUGUUCAGAAAAAGGUAAUUCAUAAUUUCAUGGGCUCCUUAUAUUUUCAAAAAUUCACAUUUUGGUCACGUGACCAUUUACAAACUUACUUAUUUUAAGAAAAUGGUGCGGGUUUGAAAACCAAAUCACUAUUACUUUGUUAGGAUAUGACCCACUAAUCCUUUUUCGAAAGCAAACUCAUAUAACUUUCAUUUUCAUAAAAACGAUGUAACAUGACCUCUUAGUGCAAAUGGCCUAUUUCAGAGCAGAGUAGAUCUAGCAAUUGUGGAAAACAAUUUGUCUCCUACACUUUCUUUAAUGUUAUAUACGCAAAUGCUUAUGUUUUGCAUUUGUUCUCAAGGCUUUUAACAAUUGUUUGGUUCCAAGCAAGUGUUUUAAUUUGUCUUUGUAUUUAUUGAACAAAAAGUGGACGCAGGCGAUUGUCUGGGAGCUCAUAAUGCUAAGCGUGCUCUUCAUGGAGCACAGCCUUUGACCUGGAGCUCAACACUUGCUCAGGAGGCUAAGGAGUGGGCUGAUACACUGAUAGAAAAAGAGAAGCCUGAACACGCUCACACUGAUGAUGGGGAAAAUCUGUUCUGGGGGACGGCUACAAAAGCUUACACAUGUGUUAACGCCGUGGAAUCCUGGUAGGUGAUCUACGGUAGUCAGACUAUCGUGCUGUUGACUCAUUAAGCCCCGUGCAAACGGACGCAACAUUUUUGGGCCAACAAUGUUGAGAGUUUUUGCCGGCGUUCGUCUGCGCAUAGCAUUUAAAAGCCAUUUCCCAGUUGCAAAACUCUGAAAUGGCUUAAGGCUAAGCGCAGAGGUACGCCGGCACUUUCAAUGCCAAGGUUUGCGAAACGUUUAAUGUUAAAAGUAAUGAGUUUUAUAUUUGUCAGAAUUAAUAACUUUGAAAACAAAGACUUUCCAUUAACCUUCCCUUUGAGGAGCAGUUUUUGGGCAAGUCGGGAAUGAGUGGCUAUUGGGAGGUAGGGUAGAUUUUCACUGUCGCCUAAUUUUUUACGUGCGUACGCGAGUGAAAUUGACUUGCGUAAAUAAAACAGAGGCGAUGUAUGAAACGCCGCGCGUAAACGUAAAAGUUAACCGAUACGUUUACACGUGACCUGCCAUACAUUGCCUCUAUUUUAUUUACGCGCGCGUAAAACAAGGUGCGUACACAAGUAAAAAUUAUGUGACAGCUGGAAAUCCACCUUUAUAAAUUAAAACGAUACUCGCAGACCUACACCAUUUACAAAAAAAACUAAUUAAAGGACAAAAAAAGAAACGAUUAUGAUGAUAGGUACUAGUUAUAUAGAGAGAGAAGAGUUGUAAAUAAGUUUAUAUUUUUUUAAAGUCUAGCCAUGAUUUUGUCGUUAUCUAUAUAGCUGUCUUCGGUUUUCAGUAUAUUUGAUAACUUUCCUUUAAGUUUUUUUCUGAAGGUCUUCCUUGAUAUGUUUUUAAAGCUAUUACUCAUUCCACAUCUUUGCGCUAACAUGAGAGAACGCAUUCUUUUGUAUAUCAAGUCUAGAUUUUUUAUGUAGAAAUUUUGUGAAGUUGAUGAGCGUGUAGAAUAGUGAUGUGAAUUUGAUGUCCUUGAAACAAGUUCAAAAUAUUUAUCGGUGUAUUUCUUUCGUCUAUGUCGUGCAUUAAGUUUAAGACGGAUUGAUAAUACAAAAAACUUAGUGGCAAUACUUUAGAAUUUACGAAAAAAGGCCGGAAUAGCAUGAUCUUAUCUGUUUGCAGAAUAUAUCAAGCGUAGUGCACGUUUUUGAAGGAUAAGUAUUUUGUCGAGGUGUUGUACAGGCGUUUCGCCAAGAGAUAAGACCAUAGGUUAAGUAAAAUGUUAUCAGCGCAUUGUAAAUGUUCACAAGAACAGAAGAAGGUACAAAGUGUCUACACUUAGAUAGCGUGCCAAUCGCUUUACUUAUCUUGAUGGCAACUGUGACAAAAUGUGUUCUCCAGGAAAGAUUCUCAUCUAUUAAGACUCCUAGAUAUUUUGUGCAAUCUUUUCGUUCAAGAUUUCCAUUUUUAUUGGUUUCAUUAUCAUAAACAGAAAUUCGAGGGGGAUUAUUAUUACUUUUUUUUAUAGGACCGAAGAACGAUAUAGUUAGAUAUUUUAGCAUUUAAUGUUAACUUAUUUGUAGUGAGCCAAUCGUAUAAUUCUUGUAAUUCAAUAUUUACUGUCAAUUCAAUGCAUUUCAAGUUUUUGUUAGCGUAAAGGAUAUUAGUAUCAUCAGCAAAAAGAAAGAAAUUAAAUUUUUCAGAGCAAAAAUGAACAUCAUUUAUGUAAAGUAUCACAAAAACCGAAUCUAAUAAUUGUUUCAUUAUACAUUGUUUUGAAAUAAAUAACGACAAACUCAGCACCCUCGCACGGAACCGCUUUGACAUUGCUCUUGAAAAUCAUGCAUUGCGCGCGCAACCUACAGAUUAGUCAGUUAUCUGCUAGCAGAUAACUAUCUAAUCCGUAGGUUGCGCUGAUUUCCAAAUUAACUGUAGGAUCUUAGCCAACGAAAAGAUAGAUAGUGAAUACAAUGUGUAAUAAACAAAGUAAUGUGCUGCACGUGUAAAGUUUUGUUGCUUUGCCUAAUAAAUCUUGUUACUCCUUUAAUGUUUUCGUUACCGUCGCCUUCGUGGCAUGGAGGAAGGAAGAUCACAGCGCCAAGAAGAUCCUAGAAGUCGGAAAAACUUUUUUCUCGGUUUAAAUGCAGAAAUUUUGGUCUGUGUAGUUGAGCAGGAAUUAUAGAUGGCGGGCGAAGAUAACAAACAUGCAAUUUAUUAAUACUAUAUACCAUCCUAACUAAGAGAGAUGUUCUCUUGAUCCUAACCUGUUCCCAAAACUGCUUUGAUUUUUUGUGCAGGUAUAACGAAGAGCCUGACUACCCUUACAACAACCCACCAACUACAGAAGAAGAGUUUUAUGUAACCCCGCAGUUUGGUCACUUCACACAGGUUUGUGGUUUUUCUUAAUUAAUUGCAGUUGUUGCUAAUCUUCCCUCAAUUGAAAUACGUUAAAAUUGGGUCUUAUGAUAAUUAUUGAUUGUCGAAAAGUGGUAGCUUAUUAGGUAGGAGUGAUACAAGCUGCUGCAUAAGCGCUAAAUGGUGCAGAAUGCAUCUGCCAGGCUUAACGGCAAUUUUGGACGCUUUGAUCACAUCACUCCCUCCCAAUUUAGCCUCCACUGGCUGCUAACUCGCCACUUUAGAAACGAGAAGGAACCUGGGCCGAGUCAACUUUUUCAAAGGGAAAAACAGCCAAUAGCUGACCGGCUCGUCCCCAGUAACGAUCCCAGAAACAACUGGGGCAAGCAUUUCGGCUCCAGUUCUCUUCUCGUUUGUAAAGUGGCGAAUAAGACACAGAAUCCAGUUUUAAAAUCUUACUCGUUACCUAUAAAGCCUUAAAUGGACUUGGUCCUGCAUCUAUACUGAACAAAACAGUUAAAACAAAAUACUAAAUCUCUCUGGAGUCUCCUGAUGACAACCUCUUACUUCAGCAUCCCAAUAUUACACUGAUAUAAGAACUCUCGCUACUCUUGGUGAUCGACCGUUCAGUUACCGUCGUGGCACCAAAAAUAUGGGACGAUCUACCAGGGGUAUCUGCAAUGCCAUAAAUGUUGUCGCCUUUAUGAUGCUUUGUUUGUUUUUUUCUUUGCUAUAGAUUGUUUGGAAGGGUACUCAUCAGGUUGGUGCGGCUCUUGCAACAAAGAAUUUAGGGAACGGUUACAUUAAAACUGUCAUAGUGGCCCGUUAUUCCCCGCGAGGAAAUAUCCUGGGACAAUUUCCUGAUAACGUGUUACCUGAGCAGUGAGGAGGUACUGAAAAGUAAGUUUGCUUCGUCUAGAAUAAUUCAAAACAAAGAAAUCGAAUAGUUUGAGGAUUUAUCUUUUUGUCCAUUUUCACAGUUUGGGGACCUUAGUCAGCACUGGCUUGAUACUGGUUAUCGGUUAUUUUUUAGUUCGUGCCGCGAAUCAUGCCGUUUAGUUGAGCAAUUUAAGGUCUCGAUAAAAGAAAAUUUUAGUACAUUGCUCGAUUUUUUUUAUUUUUUUUUAUUUUUGGCAUGAGUGGGUCCUAAAUUUUAUUUUGGCAGAAAAAGAAAAUCAGAAAGUGCUUUUUAACCCUUCUAAAAUGAGCCUUUUCUGAGCUAACCAGCCAAGCGUGGACCUCGCGCUAAAUCUUUAGAGCUGAUUUUCUCUCACUCUAUUUUAGACGCAAAAAUCAAAAUUCUCCGACCUCCAGUCGGGACAGGUUUUAAGCUAUCGCUUUGAAACUUUCAGAUAUGAUGGAUAAUGAUAUAGACUCAAAAAGUGUGUAAGGAAUUUUCCGAUUUCCCUUUGUAACUCAUUUUAUGUUAGUUUCUUUGCGUAAAUCGCGCUCGAGAUUCGACUUUUUAGUUUGAAAUGCAAUAAUUCCGCUAAUACGAGACAUAUGCAAAUUUCCUCACACCCUUUUUUAGGUCUUUUAUCUGUCAAUCAGAUGCAAUAAAAAGGAAGUGAAUAUUUAACAACGCGAAAGGGCUGGAGCUUCAGCAGUAAACUGAUACCUCUGAGUUCGAGAGCAAAAAACUUAAGCGCCUUUUGAAAUUCGAUGAAAUAAAAUCUUUUAUAAGGUGAUUUAGUCUUUUAGCUUUAAUUUGAUAUAUAACUUGCCUUUGUAGCGAAAAUACUCGCGCGACUAGAAUUUUUUUCUGUGGGAGCAUCAGAAGCAAGCGCAACGAUAUAGAGAGGCCUUCCUCACAGUGCCUAGGAAAAGGAGGCGGUCUCUUCUCUUGAGUUUUUUUUAGGCUAGCUUGAUAAUCCUUAAAAUUUGAUGACCUGAAUCAGAAACUAGAUAAAUGUAAUGAAAGAUUAGAGAGAUUAAGAAUCACGUUUACGCCAAAGGGUAAACGUGAAUUUGUACCACGUGACCUAAGUUUUCCUGUUAAUUGUCGUUUACUGUUUAUUACUUUUACUCAAAAAUAAGAAGUUUCACGCCAGUUUUAUUCAUAAGAAUCGUUCUGGACAGUUUUUACCUGCUUAUUUUCUGUUUUGAGAAAUUCUCAACUUGAAUCUGACGUUUGCUUUGCCGUAAACGUCACUCUAAUAAGAAUCACCUUUACGGCAAACGGCAAAUGUUAGUGAUCCAAUCAGAAGAACAAGUUUUCAGUGAUACUUUUCAGGCUUUGGUUUCAUCAAUUCUUCGGGUUCAAUCAUUCUUAGCUCACAAAUCUUUGCUUGACACAGGAACAGUUGUCUCGAAUGUAUUAUAAUUAAUAAAAUUAUUUUAAACUCGUCUUAUUUAACGAACCUCUCUAUAAGGCGGACACCUUGCUAAAACGUUACGGACAUUUAGAGUUGGUCCCUGCCUUUAGCCUUACUCCUUUUAGGUGUCUCUUUAUAAAGCGUUCAUCUCUCUAAGACAAACACAUAGUAACCGUCCCAAUGGUGUCCGUCAUAGAUGGAGUUGAAUGUAUUGACAUUGGUCCUUUAAAAAUAAAUGUUUUUUUUAUCACUUGCAGGUAAAACAGUUUCCAAGGCUGUCGUUGAUGCAUGAUCACUUGCAGUGGAGGAGAUUUUAAACCAUAAAUAAAAGAGAUUCAGU